AUGCACAAGUUCAAGGAAAAGGUCGAGCACUUGGAGGACUCUUUCAAAGACCACUCCCUCCACGACACCAAAGCCCAAGCUACCCACCUCAAACACAAAGUCGGCAAGUUCUUCAACAUCAUCAACCCCAAUCACCGCCACGACGAAGCCCACGAACAAGCCACCGACCGCAAACGGUCCGCCAUCGCCGAAUCCCACCGCUUCGGCUCCUUCGCCCCCGUCCACGACGGAAACCGCAUCAAAUGGCCACCGAGACCAUCUACAUCGCCGACUGGUGGCUCUCCCCCGAAUUAUUCCUCCGCCGCCCCCCCCGUACAACACCAGGAAUGGCGCCUUGAUCAUGUCCUCAAGCGUCGCGCCGAGGCCGGCGUGCAGAUCUACGUGAUCGUCUAUAAGGAGGUCAAUCAGGCUCUCACUUGUAACUCUGCACACACGAAAUAUGCCUUGCGCAAUCUCUGCCCUGAGGGCACGCCGGGCCAUGGUAAUAUUCACCUCCUGCGACACCCGGAUCAUAACGUUUUCGAGAAUGCCGCCGAUAUGACUCUCUACUGGGCCCACCACGAGAAAUUCAUCGUCAUCGACUACUCCGUCGCCUUCAUCGGCGGAAUCGACCUCUGCUUCGGCCGCUGGGAUUCAAAUCAGCAUCCACUCGCCGACGUCCACCCAGCCGGUCUGCGCGACGACAUCUUCCCUGGCCAAGACUUCAACAACAACCGCAUCAUGGAUUUCCAAAGUGUGCAGGACUGGCAGAGCAACGAGCUUAGCAAAGCUGAUUACGGUCGCAUGCCGUGGCACGACGUCGCCAUGGGUCUGGUCGGUGACUGUGUCUACGAUAUUGCCGAGCACUUCGUUUUGCGCUGGAACUUUAUCAAGCGCGAUAAGUACAAGCGCAGUGAUGAUGUUGAUUGGAUGUUGAUGGAAGGUCGGACCGGUGAAGAUGAGGAUAUUAUCGCCGUUCAACGUCCCAAAUACCCCUGCGGUGAAUAUAUCCAACAUCCGCUUACUCCGCUCUCUACAAAGCCUCGUGGCCAGGUGGGCACGGUGCGGGCGCAGAUUGUUAGGAGUAGUGAUGAUUGGAGUAGUGGGAUUUUGAACGAGCAUAGUAUUCAGAAUGCUUAUUGUGAGACUAUUCGCAAUGCGCAGCAUUUGGUUUACAUUGAGAAUCAGUUCUUCAUCACGGCGACCGGCGAGGAGCAGCAUCCGAUUUACAAUCAAAUUGGCCGCGCCAUUGUCGAUGCUUGCGUUCGUGCGGGCAAGGAGGGCCGCAAGUUCCGCGUCGUUAUUGUUAUUCCUGCUAUCCCGGGCUUUGCGGGUGAUCUGCGUGACAAUGCGGCGACGGGAACGAGGGCGAUCAUGGAUUAUCAGUAUAAGUCUAUCUGUCGCGGGGAGAACUCCAUCAUGGGACAGAUUAAGAAGGCCGGUGUUGAUCCUACUCAGCAAAUCUUCGUCUUUGCUCUGCGCGCUUAUGAUCGUAUCAACAAGACUCCCGCCCUGAUCGAUCUGGAGAAAAAGGCCGACGUGACUUACCAAGAUAUCCAGCGCGGUAUUGCCGAGUCGAUCAUGAGUGAGAGUGUGCACCCGUCUGUCGGCAACGAGGGCGACAAAAACGAGAAGAGCUACGAGGGUGAUUCCAAGGCCAAGCAAGAGAAUAUGCGGAAGCUCGAGGCUUUCGAGCAGCAGGUUGAACAAGCCAAGGCGAGUGACGGCGAUGCUAGUCGCGACUCCGUGGCUCAUUGCACCAUGCUGAAUGGUGGCAAUAUGUCCGAGGAGUACUGGGAGGGCGAUCCCGAAGCUGAGAAGGACAAUAUUGUUCAGGAGGAGCUGUAUGUGCACGGUAAGGUGUGCAUUGUUGAUGACCGGAUUGUUAUCUGUGGCAGUGCCAAUAUCAAUGAUCGGUCUCAACUCGGCUCCCACGACAGCGAGCUAGCCAUCGUCAUGGAAGACCAAGACUUCAUCGACAGCCAGAUGGACGGAAAGCCAUACAAGGCAGCUAGACACGCCGCGACGCUUCGCCGCCACCUCUGGCGCGAGCAUCUGGGACUCCUCCCCGCGCAAGACUACGACGCAAGCCAGGCGCCCAACGCGCGCAGCCCCGACGUCUGCCUUAACGAGGACGAAACGGGAGCCGAAGAUGCAUUCGUGAUGGAUCCGCUCGGCGACGCGGUCUGGAACACCUGGACUCAGCAGGCUACCGUCAACACCGAGACGUAUCGGAUGUUAUUCCGCGCUGACCCCGAUGACCAUAUCAAGACCUUCGAUGACUACGAUGCUUUUGUCCCGCGUGGGGCGAGACAGGGCCAUUUGUUCGAUCCGUAUAUGCCGGCUGCUGAGGUGAGAAAGAAGUUGGAUCAGAUUAAGGGUCAUUUGGUUUGGUUGCCAUUGGAUUUCUUGUGUGAUGCUGAGAUGGCGGAGCCUGGGUUGGCUGUUAAUCAGAUUACAGAGAGCAUCUACACAUAG